UUUUUCAAUAUUUUGAGGAACCGUUUGAACAUUCGAUGCGAUUAAAUGUUGGAAACAUUACUGAAAACGUUGAAAAAAAGUUAUUGAAUGGAAACAUAAGUGUAUCGGAAUUUAAAGAAAUAUUACACAAGUAUUUGUUAGCUCGUGAUAUAAAUUUGGUCGACCAGUUCGGGGUCUUAACGAACCAGAACUGGAAUUUUCAUAAUUCGUUUUUCUUCUGUACGACAGUCAUCACAACCAUAGGUUACGGCCAUUUCCUUCCGUCAACAACAGCCGGCAAAAUGUUUUGUCUAUUUUAUGCACUCUUUGGUAUACCGAUGACCGGUAUAUUGUUGGGCGCUAUCGGACAACUGUUUAGUCGGUGUUUUAUGAUUAGGAUUAAACAAAUCAAAGAAAGAUAUAAAAAUAGAAACGGUUUGAAUGCAGCCAUUGUAUGGCGUUAUUUGGAGACAGCCGUACUGUUUUUCAUCCCCUGGUUUAUAGUAUUUUUAAUCAUACCGUCCCUCAUAUUUGUCGUAAUAGAGCGCUGGUCUUUCCUCGAGAGCUUUUAUUAUUCAUUUAUCACUUUAACAACUAUUGGUUUUGGCGACUAUGUGGCCGGCAAUUAUGACGGCCAAACAUGGAUUGUUAUCUACAAAUUGUUGGUUGUCUUGUGGAUCAUAUUUGGUUUAUCAUAUUUAUCGAUGACAUUAAAUUUUAUUGGAAGAGGAUAUAAAAAGGUAGAACACAGCGAAAUGAUUCAUUCAUCUAUUGCACACUUAUCUGAACCAUUUCUUCAUCGGAAACCCAAAAUAAGCGUCGAGUUUAUGGAAGAGUCGGAUAAUGAGAGCAUACAAAUAGCUGCCGUUGCCGUCAAAAACCAGUUAACAGCCUCUGACCUUAACAUAUGCUCUCAACUUAGAGAACAUCAUAAACAUCACAGUAAUCAUAAUCAUCACAACCAUCACAACAAAACCAAUGACAGUGUUUUGCCUUAUAUUAUAUAA